AUGGAAUUCGGUCAUUUCGUUUACAUUCUUCUACUUCUUGGGGUAAACGCCGCCGACGACGACUAUGAAGACGGGCAGUUUCUGGCGAGAAUCACUUCGAUCGAUGAGCACGACGCCAGAAAGAUCGGAAGACGUUACGGAUUUGAGACGGAACGCAAAGUGAGAAAGAAAGGCGAAAGUGGAAGUGUGGUCUAAUUAGAAUUUCAGCUACAAUCCUAUGAUGAUGUGUACAUUGGCAGACGGAUAAGUAAAAGAAAGAAGCGGGGGAUUGAAGAUGAGAUUGUGGCCGAGAUGAUGUUGAGCCAACAGGUUCAGCUCAUCGAACGUCUUCACGGAUUCAGAAGAUACAAACGAGCACCGUUUCUUUCUUCUUCUCAAGCUCCAGUUCACGUGGUAAGCAAGUGUGCUCUUCUGAGAAACUGGUGAAUUUAGUGGAAUCUGAAACCGUCUAUGAAAAUCAAGGAGGCGUGGGCGGCCGGCUUCAACGCAAGUCAGGUUACUGUCGCCGUUGUGGACGAUGGUGUCGAUGUGGAACACGUGGAUUUGAGGAGCGCCUUCUCGCCACAAGUCUCGUUUGACUUUGUUCGAUUUCAGAGUCUUCCGCUGCCCAAAAAAUCGAAGGAAACACAGUUGGCUGCACUUUCAGGAGUUUAUAACCGCUCGUUUUUUCAGGCACGGUACCCAGUGUGCUGGACUCGUGUCGAUGGAGGGGAAUCGGUGUGGUCUGGGCGUCGGACACGCAGCCAAUCUCGGAGCAAUUCGGCUGCUCGGCCAAGAUUUCCUGAACGACGCUCUCGAGGGCGAUGCUCUCGCUUUUCAAAAGCAACUGGUAAUGGUAUUAUAGGGGCACCGCGCAGAAAUGGCGCUCUGUUGAGAAACUCCUUUUGCAGUGCAAAUUGAGCGACCUCGGGGCCGAGUUUGAAAAGUUAGGCCACGUUUUCAGUGGAAAAUUACUUCGCGGCCUAGAAAUUCGGCCAGAUUGCGAACAGCGCGCCCUUUCUGCCCGGUGCCCCAAUAAUAAUUUCUUUUCUGCCCCUGUUAUCACUAAAUUCCCUGUCAGAUCGACGUGUACUCGGUGAGUUGGGGACCCAAAGACGACGGGAAAACGGUUGACAAGCCGGCGGCGUUCACACAAGAAGCCAUCCAAAUCGGAGCCACGGAGGGAAGGAGCGGAAAGGGAAAUGUGUUUGUGUGGGCGAGCGGAAACGGAGGAACCAACGGCGACAAUUGUGCUCUGGAUGGAUACGUCAGCAACGAGUUCACGGUGUGUUUUCCUUGCGCCACGUGAACUUUAAAGUUGCUCAUUUCUGCCUGAAAGGGCACAAAAAGGACGCCGCGCGAGGUCACUUGAAAUUCAAAUUUUUCCAGAUAAGUUUCGGAGUUGUCGAUUCGAACGGUGUGCCAGCCAAUUACGCGGAGGGCUGCUCGGCGGUACUCGCCGCUGUUUCUGGCGGUGAUUCGAUGGUUGUGAGUUUGCAUGAUGACUGUUUGGUAGAGCGCAAAUUUUAAAUUUCUGAAUAUUUCAGCAAACAACCGGACUGGAAUCGACGUGUUCUUCCAUUUCCGGCUCUUCCGCGUCCGCCGCGAUUUCUUCCGGAAUCAUCGCUCUCGUCUUGCAGGCAAAGUACUCGCAUUCAAAUGCACUAUUACUGGAAACGCGUCCUUUUGCAGCCCCUCGCUGACUCAAAGAGACAUUCAACACUUGAUCGUCCACUCGUCGAACGCCUCCGCAAUCACUUCCGUCCCUUUGACCACAAACGGAGCGGGCCUCCGAUUCCAUCCGAACGUCGGAUUCGGCCUUCUCGACGCCUUUAAAAUGGUCAAAAAGGCGACCACGUGGAAGAACGUGGUAGAACAGAAGAUCUGUGAGAAGAGCAAAUUAGCCAGCGGAGACGUCGAUUACAGCGAUUGCUACGAAGUGUCCAAAGUGGAACGAAUUGUGAUCCGUGCUUCCAUUUUCCAUCCGAAUCGCGGUCAACUGCAAGUGAAACUGACGUCUCCGCAAGGAACCACAUCCGAACUUCUGCCCAUUCGAGCCUCCGAUUCCAGUCCGAAUCUGCUUGAUUGGGACUUUGUCUCUGUCCACUUCUUCGGAGAGAAUCCACGUGGAAUCUGGCGACUCAACAUCUCCAGCCAAGAAGACGUUCCAGAGUUUCGCGUUCAAGUGAAGAGCUUCCGAGUGACAGGAACAUAA